GAAAGAAAGAUGUCCCUCGAUGGUAGAUUAGAAUGUUAUUAGUCAUUCGGUGUCGUGUUUAUAAGUAAAUAUCAGCUGGAUGCGUAGAGAAAAUAUAACGUGAUUCCGUGACAGCGCGUAACGGACGUAACUGUCGAACAUACACCAUUUAAAUAAUUUAAUUCGGCGAAAAUGGGCCUUUUCCAGACUUCUUCGCCUUUCGAUGCUGACGUCGAGAAGGCAACCAGUGAGAAGAACAUAUCUGAAGAAUGGGGAAAAAUAAUGGAUAUUUGUGACAAAGUAGGAUUCUCUACCCAAAAUGCUAAGGAUUGUUUAAGAUCAAUUGUUAAGAGAUUAUGUUCUCCAGAUCCACAUAUUGUUAUGCAAGCACUGACAUUGUUAGAUGCAUGUGUUAGCAAUUGUGGAAAAAUAUUUCACUUGGAGAUUGCAUCAAGAGAGUUUGAAAAUGAUCUGAGGAAACUUAUUAACCAUUCCGAGCCAAAGAUUGCUGAGAGAAUGAGAGGACUUUUAAAAAAAUGGGCUGAAGGUGAUUUUAAAACCGAUCCUCAGCUAAAUUUAAUUCCAAGUUUGUUCAACAAACUUAAAAAUGAAGGUUAUGAUUUCACUUCUAUAUCGGACACGCCUAAACGUACAACUGUACUAAAUAAAGACCCAAAUGUAGUAACAGAUUCACAAGAAGAAGAAGAUAUUGCAAAAGCCAUAGAACUUUCACUUAAAGAAAGUAAAGUUCAUAGUCAAGCAUCUUCUUCGCAUAGUUCACCAGCAUCCAAGAAAAAUACUAGUUUAUACCCUAAUGUAAGCUCAGCACUUGGUACUUUGAGCAAUUCUGAAGGCAGGAAGGUCCGUGCUUUGUAUGAUUUUGAAGCUGCAGAAGCAAAUGAAUUAACAUUUUUUGCAGGAGAAAUAAGUAUGAUUCAUAUUCGUUUAAAAUUUAUUCUUAAGAUCUUACAUUUUAAUUAUAAUCAAAAACAUGUAACAAAGUUAGAGCACAGUAACAAAAAAAUGGUUCAAUUUGCUGAAGAAGUAGAAGUGAAAACAGUAAAAAGAGAACCAGAAGUAAUUGAAGUUGAAAUAGAUGAAAGGAAAAUGGACAGACUUUUACAUUUACUACAUGAAGCUGAUCCUCAGUGCGAUAAUUCAGAUCCACAAGAAAUGCUUGAUCUGGAAGAACAAGUUACUGCAAUGGGACCUUUAAUAGAUGCAGCUCUAGAGAAAGUGGAUAGAAGGCAUGCGCAGCUAACUCAGUUGAGCUCUGAUUUGGUGGAUGCUCUUAAUUUGUAUCAUACAUUGAUGCGGGAACCUCCACCUCCUACACCUUCAAAUUAUACCUUACCUAAAAUGCCACCACAUAUAAAUCCUUAUCAAUUUCAAAGUCAGGGACCACCUCCUCCGCAUAUAUACAAUGGAGUACCUCCCCCUCAUCAAGCUUCUUUCUCUGUUGGAAGUGGUCCAUCUGGACCAUAUAAUACUAAUAUUCCAACUAAUGAUAUGGGGCCUGUGAGUAUGCCAAACAUAACAUUACCGCAACAUUUUCACGUGCAACCACCAGGUCCGCAUCAACAUCCUCCAGGACAUUCUCAAGGUCCACCAGUGCCAGAACAAAGCAAUCUCCCUUACUCUCAUCAAGGAUAUCCACCACAAACAGGUCCUAUGCCAGGACCAUAUGGUCCGCCGAGACCAACAGGACCUCCAGUAAAUCAACAACCUCAGUAUGCUCCGUCAAAUGGACAACACAUGAUGUAAAAGGAUGCUAUAUGUUUCAAAUUCAUCCUGUACUGUAACUCCAGCUAUACAAUAUUACUAUAUUAUAAUUAUUUAAAUAAACAU